GUUGGUGGCAGUAUCUGGUGAUGCUGAUGGCUUCAUCGAUCACUACACGGCAUCACGAUUGGAACGCAGGACCAGCGACUUCGUGGUACUCGCUCCGCUGGAUGAUGUAUGCGCUGGCCCGGUCAUACAGAUAUGGCUUCCGCGAAUAGAUACAGUUAUUCCAUCCCUCGCUGGACUCCUGGCUUUGUUCCGCAACAGCUGUCAAGUAUUCUUCAUUCAAUAUCACCAUGGCAUCAGUCCACCGCGCUACAACGGAAUUCUCUCGCGAUGCUGAGUCUUUAUGACCCAACGACCACCCGAAACAGAACCCACGCACUUUCUCCCUGGCAGACAGAAGCUUCGACUCGGAUUCUCCAAGCUAUCUACGACCAAGAUCAAAUGGAAGGCGCCGACAACGACAUGCCUUUGAGCUGGCGCAAGGUCCAGACUCCGGGAAGUGCGUCAGACGCCAGAACCGGAGUAUGGAUCGGGGAGAAACCCGUGCAUGAUAACGACUGUGACCACGAUCCAACGGAAGGCUCCGACAAAUCCACGCCAACCAAGCGACGGAGCAAUCGAACCGAGGGCGUAUUGACCAGGCAAGGGUCAAAAAUCGAUGACGCGACCUUGGCAGUUCUAAGACCUGCGCACCGAAACGCUAUACUUCACCAACGGGAGAAACAGGCAGAUCCCGGGCGAAUUGAGCAGAAGCGUCGGCUCGAGGAACAACGUCGACGGGCGAUCGAGGCUGGAGACGAAGUGGAAAUUCGGCGGGACGCGGACAGGAGGCGAAAGACGAACGAGAUGCAGCGUGCGCGCUAUGCGCAGAGACGUGAUGCGAAGAAAAGAGAACAGGCGAAGAGUGCGGAGGCUACGCUAGAUGGAGAUCUAGAACGACAAGGUGGCUCACAUGGAAAAAAUCCUCUUUCACCAGAUGACAGUGUCUCGCGAGAGCAUGGUUCUCGCUUGUUCGACGACAGUGAUGCGGGAUUGGAAGACCUGGAGUUGCUCGAUAACAGCGUGGCCAGAAGCAUGACACAGCAAGGCGUUGCGCAGGCGUCUUCGAGCAACUCUGCACUUCGGACGCUGGACGAUCCUCCCGCCGAAGUUGAUGGAGCUGAGCGGGGACAAACAGCCGCUCCAAGUUCGCAUGGUCGCCCGCGAAGCUCCAGUGCGUUGGGCUUCCUGGCCCUCGUGCUGAACGAUAAUGAUGAAUAAGAUUCUUGCGCCGAGUGGUUGAAGCUGUCAGGUAUUCCCUAUGUAAUGCUAUCAUAGUGUCACUCGGCUCCAGUUUUGCUCGGACAACAGUGCACGUCGCAGUGGAUGGAUUUGCUACACAUGCUAGGCGACGGUGCAGCUGACCACGUUGGCGCCA